AUGAACUGUAGAUUUUAUUUGCUAUUUCAUUUGCUGUCUCUUUUGGGGCUCUUCUCAUUGAUAACCGAGGCUAAAGGUAGUUCUUUUACGAAAGGGUCGUUUACAAAAGUUGAGAUAUUACAGUACAGAGAUGAGGUCAAAAAUCUAUUCUUAGAGACGAUGGACAAUUACAUGUCUCUAGGGUUUCCCUAUGAUGAGCUACGACCAAUAUCAUGUGUUCCGAAGAUGAGAAAUGUAGAUGAUAUUGAGGAUGUUAUCACCAAUGAUGUAUUAGGUAAUUUUACAGUUACAAUGAUAGAUUCUUUGACAACGUAUGCUAUUAUGGGUGAGAAACGUAGGUUUGAAGAGCUUAUUAGUAUUGUGAGGGAAACUUACUCUAAUGGUUUCGAUAUUGAUUCCAUUGUUCAAGUUUUUGAAACGACUAUAAGAAUUAUUGGUAGUUUACUUUCAUCACAUUUAUAUGCUAGUGAUCCGUCUAAAAUAGUCUAUAUAGAGGAUUAUGAUGGAUUUCUGUUAGACCUGGCAAAGGAUAUGGCUGAUAGAUUGCUGCCUGCUUAUCUUACCAACACAGGGCUACCUGUGUCACGUAUUAACCUUAAAAAAGUAUUUCAGGGAAUUCCAGGGAAUAUAAUUGAAGAAAAUAAUGUAGCUGCAAUGGGUUGUCCCAUGUUUGAAUUUACAUUAUUAUCCUAUUUAACUAAAGACAAAAAAUACGAAAAAAUCACAAGAUAUGCAUUUGAUAAAGUUUGGUCAUUGAGAUCAAAUUUAGACCUUCUUCCGAUGUCUUUAAAUCCUCAAUCUUUACAGAUAUUUUCUAUAAUCACAGGUAUUGGUGCUUCGAUUGAUUCGUUUUUUGAAUAUGCAUUGAAAGGUGCUAUAUUAUUCAAUGAUAGUGAACUUUAUAAUAUCUGGGUAGAAUCAUACAGAGCUUUGAAUGUCAAUUUGAAUUCAGAUUGGUUUUACAUCAAUGGCCAACACAUUAAUGGUCAACUUGGAACAUUCUGGAUUGAUUCUUUAAGUGCAUUUUUCCCUGGUUUACAGGUACUAAAUGGUGAUAUAGAGGAUGCUACAUUGAAAAAUUUGAUGUCUCUAAAAUUGUGGGAUACAUUCGGUGGUAUUCCAGAACGUUGGCAAUUUCAAUCUCAUCAGAAUUCAGGAGAUAUGAACAAUGAUGAAUUAUUGAAAAAUAUUGUCCCACUAGAAUGGUAUCCAUUAAGACCUGAGUUUGUUGAAUCAACUUAUUUCCUGUACAGAGCAACAAAGGAUCCGUUUUAUUUAAAUACUGGUUAUCGUAUUUUAAAUGACUUAAAAACUAGGUUCAAAUAUAACUGUGGCUUGGGAGGUAUACAAAACGUUAUUACUGGUGAACCUCAAGAUAGGAUGGAAUCAUUUGUAUUGAGUGAAACUCUGAAAUACCUGUACCUUUUGUUCGAUGAACAGAAUGAACUUCAUGCAUCAAGAGAUAAUUUCAUAUUUAGUACUGAAGCUCAUCCGAUGUGGUUGACUCCUGAAGUAAUAAAGGAUUAUAAAGUGAAUGGAUUUUUUAAUGAUACAAGGUACGAGAAUCAGUUAAAGAGAUUGAAGGAUAAUGAUAAAAGAUUCUUAGAAAAUGUAAGAAAGAAAGGGAAGGCCAGUAAAGGACUGAUUGGAUUGGUUAAGUCACUUUUCAAAGAAUAUAAUAAUGAUGAAACAUCUGAUUUAUCUGCGGUAGAAUUUGACGAAAAUCAAUAUAUAAACAAAAAUGUUUUCAACCUUAGUUGCCCAAUUACCCCAUUUAUGCAAUCGAAUAAAAACGAUGGUGAAUCGCUCUUAAAAUCUUAUCUAUUAAGCAACUUUGAUAGGUUAUUCGAAAUUGAUUACAGAUAUAAUGAUACACUAAUCAAGCCGGCACAUUUGAAAGAAUAUCGUCCAAUUGAGUUAGAAGAUGAUUUUUACCAGCUUUGGAUGAAUCCAAGGAAAAGUAUUUCCAGACCAGCUUCAUCAACGGAAUCUUUUGAAAUCGCCAUCGAGUUAGAAGGUAACUAUGAGUUAACUAAGUAUAAAAAUGGAAGUGUUUAUUGUUCAGACUUGGCAGGCAGAAGGAGAAUAAGAAUCGAAAAAAUACAGGCAGGAUCUAUUGAUACAUAUGGAGAAGUUGUUCCUGGGAAGACGUUUACAAAUGUUCAUAGUAAAGAUGUUACAAGCUCAUCCUGUGAUUUGAUAGCGGAGUCCUACUCACAUGCCAUUUUGUAUAGAGCUACUUCCAUUGAUGGUAUUCCCUUACCUAGUAAUGGUGAAAUUUUAAUCAGCAAGGGAGUUAUUUUAAGCAAACAAGAGAAUAUUGAGGGAGGCGCAAAAUCCAGUAAAUUGCUAGAUUUAUUUGGACUAAAUCAAGAUGACCAAAUGAUGUUAGAUUGUAUCCCUAUCAUUAAUAUUCGUUUCAUCUAA